CUAGUCUAAUAUAUGUCUACGCCGAGCCCAGCUUGCCUCACAUUGUAUGGGGGGCGCUGCAAGAUUUCUCGCUAACCUUCCAACAGCAGAAAAGGGAACAGGUGCACAUAUAUAUGCAGACUGUACACCCCAUCAAUCGGACACCGAAGAAUUGCCUUUCUACUUCACCUUGAUGCAUUCCUUCCCUACUAUUCUAAACAAUCUUUCUUCUUUACGGAGAUGCCAGUAUUUGGUUUCAUAUCUAGUAUCUAUUCAAUGAUAGAUACUUAAUACUGUCAAAAACCAGGAAUGGACCCAAGCAAAACACCCGCACUCCGUCCACCUCCUGGUGUAGAGCCGAACUUCACUAACCCCCCUAGCCUUCAGCCUGAGCGGAUUGCUGUAUCGUCAAUUUGCUUGGCUAUCUGUAUUAUUUUCGUCAUAGCGAGGACUUAUACUCGUGUUCGACUGAACACAUUCAACCUUGAUGAUUGUGUUUACUUAUUUGCACUGGCGAGCUUCAUCGCUUAUAUUGGUUUAUUAAUAUACGUCGGCGAAAUUGCUGACGGAAGACAUCAAUGGGACGUAACAAUAGCCAACGCGUCUAAAUGCCUUAAAUUCGAGAAUAUCACCAUUAUCAUGUACUGCGUGACAUUAUUUCCGCUGAAGUAUGUUGUGCUUCGCCAGAUCGAGUUAAUCUUUUUUGAUCACCGUCGCAAUACCUUUACCUAUAAGGCAAUAUGGACUCUGAUUUGGUUGACCUUUCUGUUUACCCUCUCCUUUGGGAUAUCAUUCAUAUUUGCUUGCGUUCCCCGGAAGAAAAUCUGGGAGCCAGAUAUUGAGGGUCAUUGCAUCAAUACGAAAUCUACGACGGUGGGCGGUUGCGCUGUCAACAUGGUCAUCGACUAUUUGAUCCUAAUCAUUCCUCUUGCUGCUGUGUCGAGAUUACAAUUAUCGACAGCAAGGAAACUCCGGGCGGCGGCAGUGUUCACAGUCGGUAUACUGGCAUGCGCAUCCAGCACCGUACGUCUGUAUUAUACUGUCAAAUUGUUUCAAACAGAAGAUCGCACAUGGGCAUUCGCGCCUGUGGGCCAGUGGACGGUUGCGGAGUUCACUACGCUUUUUCUCGUUGCCUGUUUCCCUUACGUACCGCGGCUGUACCAGCUGCUCAGCAAGCGGGAUAAACAGAUACAAACUGAUUCGUCGCGUACUCGUACCACUAAUCCAACCCAAAAUGCUUCAUCUGGGGUUCAAACUGUUACUGGCUGGAGUGAAUUAGAGGAAAAUAGGGGGAAUAACGAAGGCAUCAUGUUAGAUCAGUUGAGCAACAGCGAAGGGUCCGCAAGUACCGACUUGGUAAUCAUGUCAAAUGUCUAAGAAUGUCCCAAAGAAGUCCUGUUAAAAGUGUGUCUGAAAUAUGGAAGAUGGAAUUUGUCACGAGGCGGAACUAAGAGGCUAGGGAAGAACGACGUUGUUGCUUCAAGGGCUCUAACUAUUCCCUUCCAGGGGAUGCGGUAUACAUAGGUACAUAACAUUCCUUUGUCUAGAGCCAAGGGCCAACUGCCAACAGGGCGGCUUCGUACAGGCUGACUCCCGAUGUUUCUGGGCUACCCCGUCAGUAUGGUGCCCUAGGUGGCCACGCGUAGAGUGAAUGCAAGGGCGUGGCGUGAUAGCUGCGUAUGGGGCUUUUUUUUUCUUGGUACAACCAAUAACGCUAUCAUCUCUCUAUCUAUAGGGAGGCAGAGCCCCUUAUAUGCAACUGCCUCUCACGCUGCGUGCUAGCCAGGUCCUCGCUGGAGCCUGGCGCUCAGGCUAGCGCCUUGCCUCUUUAAGUUCUCGGUCUGGGCAAGGAGCUUCGCGGCUCAACCGUACCUAGAACUUGGUGUUCGGGGAGGUCCCAAGGCUGAGCUUUCUUGACGCCUGGAGAUAUCCUAAGGCUUAGCACUUCUUCUCUCUUAUCCCCUGACAUACCCGCUAACCCUGGCGAGACCUCUGGCUAUUAGCUCUCACGGAGGAGGCUUCUGGCAGAAUCAAAGGGUAAUAGGAAUGGAUGUUUAAUCGAACGAUGGUUCACAUUA